AUGGGUAUCGAAGGGAAAGAUGAAAGCAUGAUUUCGGAAGCCCCAUCGCCUUUACGGACGCCUUGCAGAAAAUUUCACGCUGAGGUCAGUAAUUCGCACAUCUCAGACAGGAGAACACCACGGGCGAGCUUGAAAAGAAAGCGCAUGGAAGAAGACGGUGGUGCUCGGAAGAAAUUUUUGGAAAUAGCAGAAAAACAGGCAGAUGCACUAAAGAUGCUAGCCCAGUCGAGUGUAGAAACCGUAGAAGUCGCGAAACAACAAGCAGAUGCUUUAAAGAUCUUAGCCGAAAGCAGCUCUGCAAGUGCCCAAGCGAAUAAAAUGAUGGCGGAGGCAAUAGCCGUAUUGGGGAAUGGUUUAAGCGCUACCGCGGAAACAUUCAACAAUCUAACGCCAAUCAUAAGCCAAAUACUCAAAGGACAUACUCAUUGCGAUAAUCGACAUUGUAACCAAUCAGCUGAUUUUGCCUUGUCGAUUUUCGUAAUGAAAUGGGUUACUGAAUAG